CUAAACCAGAAAAAAACCACCUGCUUCGAACCCAAAUAACGAAAACCUAAAUUUAAUAUGAUCUUACUCCUCUGUUUUUCUUCUUAUUCGACCUGUACUCGGCUUUAGAAGUACUCAUUGCAACCAAAAUGGAGGACGAUAGAUUGAUCGAAAGAGAAGAUGACGAAGAAGAGGAAGAAGAAGCCCACGAAGAGGGAGAAGAAGGAGGGGAGUUAAUUCCAGUGGAGAGAAUCACACCUAGAGGUAUAUCAUCUGAAGAUGAGGAUUAUGAGGACGAAGAAGAUUACGAAGAGGAAGAAGAAGGGGAGUUGAUUCCGGUGGAGAGAAUCAUAGGUAUAUCAUCUGAAGACGAGGAUUAUGAGGAGGAAGAAUAUUACGAAGACGAAGAAGCAGAUGAGUUGAUUCCUGCGGAGAUGACUUCACCCAGUGUUUCAACUUCUAUUGCCGAUAGUAGAACAUUUCUAGGGGAAGCGCUAAUCAACGAUGGCGUGUUGGACGAUUCGAACGAUGGAGGAAAGGAAGAGCUGAUUAGAGGCGAAAUUGACGGUUUAUUCUGCCCUAUUUGCUAUGAAGCUUGGACAAACGGUGGAGAUCAUCGAAUCUGUUGUCUUCCCUGUGGGCAUAUAUAUGGAUUCUCGUGUAUAAAGAAAUGGCUUCAAGGACGUAGAGCUUCUGGGAGGUGUCCUCAGUGCAACGGUUUAUGCACAUUGAAGGAUGUUAGAGUACUCUAUACCAAACGGCUUUGUGCUGCUGAUGUAGACUUACAGAAGAGAGUGGGCAUACUUGAAGCUAAAUGUGCUUAUCUUGAUGAGAAGGCUAUGCAUGCAGAGCAUGGUGCCAAGCAUACUGCAUUGCUUGAAGAAAUUAAUGGCAAGCAUACUGAUAUCCUUGCUAGGAUUACUAGUAUGCAGCAGCAACAAACAGAGAUGAAGGAGCAACAAACAGAGAUGCAUCGUAUGCUCACAGAUAUACACAAGUUUCACAUCCAGAAUCAUCCACCAUGUGAUGAUAUUAAUAUUAAUAAUUUAAUACACACAAAUUUGACGGAACUGGUUUUUCUUCAUCGUAUUUACGGGGACAGAGAUUUAAAUCCUUCGGGAGGAUUUUUCGAAUUACUUAUGUUGAUCUGA